AGUGACAGUGACAUUUUGUGACACUCCUAUGUUUACUUACACGUACCUAUUUUAAUUUUAUUAUUUUACAGGACAGUAAAUAAAUAUCAAAAUAACAAUUAACUGAAAAAUGCUACAAAAUGUACACGUUAUUACAUGGAUUUUAUAAGUACCUGGUUCAGAAAGACGAAUACUGCGUGUUAAUAUUAGGUCUUGAUAAUGCAGGGAAAACGACUUACCUUGAAGCCACAAAAACUAAGUUUACUAAGAAGUACAAAGCCUUGAACCCGAAUAGGAUAACCACGACUGUUGGACUCAAUAUAGGAAAAAUAGAUGUUGACGGAGUGAGGCUAAACUUUUGGGACCUUGGAGGGCAAGUGGAGCUUCAAUCUCUGUGGGACAAAUACUUUGCUGAAUGUCAUGCGGUAAUCUAUAUUGUAGAUUCUUCUGACAGAGAAAGGAUAUCAGAGUCUAAGGAAACUUUUGACAGAAUGAUAGCAUCAGAACACCUAUCCGGGGUCCCUCUCCUGGUCCUCGCUAACAAACAAGACAUUCCAGACUGCAUGGGCGUACAUACAGUCAAACCUAUAUUCAACCAAAACGCACAUCUCAUUGGUGCGAGGGACAUCAUGCUUAUGGCUACUUCUGCGCUCACUGGCGAUGGAGUCGACGAGGGCAUCCGGUGGCUAGUGGACUGCAUCAAAAGGAACAGCGAGCAGCGCCCGCCGCGCAACCACGACGAGAACUUAUGAAAUCAUUGCGACACCUUAUCCAUUACAAAAUUAUAUAUCACUGCUCGUCACCGCUGAAUAUUAACGAGUUUUCCUAUUAAGAUAAUGCGGAGCGAACCAUUGUUUUGUACAUACAUUAUUGACAUUGUAAGAAUAAAAGUUAAACUGAA